AUGCCAUUAAACAUAUUAUUAAUCUUUCUUCUAACACCAUCAUUAGCAAUUAAUCUUCUUGAUUUAUGUCAAUCAGGAAUACGUGAUGAUGGUUCAAAUUAUGUACAUUGUGCACGAAAAUCUCUAUCGGAUAUUCCAGAUUUUUCCUCACAUCGUUUAUUUAACUUAGCAUUCGAUGAGCUUAUUCUAUCUGAUAAUGCUAUAACACAUAUACAUGCAAAUGCAUUUCAUAAUUUACGUAUAAAACGUUUGAUUAUGUCGGGUAAUCGUUUAAAAUCUAUUGAUAAAAAUUCAUUUCGUGAAUUAGAAAAUUAUCUUGAACAAUUAACAUUAGAAUUUGAUUCAUCUAUUGUUGAUACAAUACCUGAAGCAAUUAAAACAAAUUUAGCUAAUAUAAGAAGUUUAACAUUAACUGGUUUAAAUUUACGUAUAUUACCAACAAAUACAUUUGAACAAAUGAAAAAAUUAGAAAUUUUAUCAUUAAAAUCAUGUAAUUUACAAACAAUUGAAUACAAUGCAUUUCAUUCGAUUGAAAAACAAUUACGACAUUUAUAUCUUGAUUAUAAUCAAUUUGAUAGUCGUAUAUCAAUUAUAAUAAAUCGUUUAAUAACACUUGAAACAUUAUCAUUAUCACAUAAUCAUAUAAAUCAAUAUGAAACAAAUAUAGUUAAUAAAAAUCUUCGAUAUUUAGAUUUAUCAUAUAAUGGUUUAAUAAAAUUAUCAUUAACAAAUAUGACAAAUUUACAAAUAUUAAAUGUACAAAAUAAUCUUUUAACAUCAGAACAAAUAAAUGGUUCAAUACCAAAUCAAUUAAAAGAAUUAAUACUUGAUUUUAAUUCUAUAAGAAAAUUUAAUAAAAAUUUAAUAACAGAAAAAAAUUCAUUAGAAACUUUAUCAUUACAAAGUAAUGAUUUUUUAUUAAAUAAUUCAAAUAUUUUUCAACAUUUAUAUAAACUUAAACGAUUAAAUUUAGCAAGAAAUAAUAUCAAAACAAUACCCAAAGGUUUAUUUAAAUUUACUCGUUCACUUGAACAUUUAAAUAUGGAUCGUAAUCCAUUACUUCCAUUAUCAAUUGAUACAUUUUCUGGUAUUGAAUCUUCAUUACGUAAUAUAAGUUUUCAAUCUUGUUCAUUAACAUCAAAUUCUUUACCAGCAUUUUCUUGUUUAAUAAAUCUUGAACGUUUUAAACUUCAAUCAAAUUUAUUAAUUGAAAUAAAACCUAAUAAUUUCUUUUCACCUAUGUCACAAUUAAUUGCUAUUGAUUUACAACGUAAUCAAUUAAUACAAAUACCAACAGAAUUUCCAUUAACAUUACGUGAAUUAGAACUAGGUCAUAAUCGUUUAACAGUAUUACCAUUUAAUAAUCAAACAUUUAAAAAACUUUCACAACUUAUUACACUUGAUCUUAGUUCAAAUCCUUUAUAUUGUGAUUGUCAUAUUAAACCAUUAUAUCAUUGGUUAUUAACACAUUAUCAAACUGAACUUGUUCCAUAUGUUCAAUGGAUAUGUGCACAACCAAAAGAACUUUCUGGUAAACAAUUAGGUUCUUUAUCUGAACAUCAAUUUCAAUGCGAAAAUAUUUCAAUAAAACCAAUAACAACAACAAUAACAACAACAACAAUGGAUUAUUCGGAAUUAACAACUGAAUAUGAAAUAAUAUCAUCAUUUAAUGCAUGGUUAAAAGAUUCUGAAACAGCUAUUCUUGAAUGGUCAUAUGUAUCAUCUCCAUUAAAAUUAAUUGUUUAUGAAAAUGGUUAUAAAUUACCAAUAUUAUAUUUAAAUUCAAGUGAAAAUUAUUUUCUUCUUCAAAAAUUAAAAUCAUCAACUAAUUAUACAUUAUGUCUACAAAUUAAUGAAGAAUAUUUAUGUCGAAAUUUAAUAACACCAAAUAAACAAGAAAUAAAAUUUGAACAAAAACUUUUAUCAUCAUCAUCAUCAUCAUUGAAAUCUACUGAAAAAAAUUUUCUUAAUGAUAUACAAUAUUUAAUAACGGGUAUUGCAUGUGGUAUUGUUUUUGUCUUACUUAUACUUUUAUUUGUUGUUAUUUUUAUUAUAAAACAACGUGAUAAAUUUUUUCAUAAUUCAUCAAAAACAAUUGCUACCGAUUCAUUUUAUCAAACAACUGGCUCUGACACAACACAAAUAGGUGGAUCAUGUUCAAUAGAAGAACAUUCAAUAAAUGGAAGUACAAAUCAUCAAUCAACAAUAACACCUAUGUUUUAUUAUUGUCGUUCACCACCAAUAACAAAUUGUUGUCAAGAUCAACAAUCAUAUCAUUUUUAUCAUGAAAUUCCAUUUACAACAUCAUCGAAUCAUUUAAAUCCGCCAACAUGUCUUUGUAGACCACCUAUUAUUAUUUAA